UUUGCAUAUAUUAAUGUUUCAAAUUUGAGGCACUGUUUUUUAAGAUGCUGUCUGCUUUGGUUGUUAUGUGAGCCCUAAUAGUUUGUUUUUAUGUAAAAAACAACCCAAUUGAUUGAAUUGAAGAGAUUGGAAUGUGGAGCUUUUUUGUUGUACUAGGAUUAAAACUUUAAAUAUGCUAGUAGCCAACCAUGUUAGAUUAAGCUUACGACAUAAUAAUCAGUAGCUUUAUAGCUUUAUAAUAUAUAAAAAAUCAUCAUGAUUGUAAUCUAAGCUAAUACCUUAUAUUUAACAAUAAACAUAGAAGCAAUAACAUGAGCCACAACAUGCAUUGUUGGAUCAGUGACCAAUAAAUAAGUGCUGCAUGCCAUGUAGCACCAACAUAUAUUGGCUCUAAGCAUCAUUCAAAGCAUCCACAAUGUCUUUCUCUUCAUAAACAUUUCGUUAUUAUCUUCUUCUGUUCUAAAAGUAGUAUCCAAUGCAGUAUCCACUAUCAAAGAAAAAUACAUAAAAAGAACUCCCUUUACGCCGAAUGUAGCAUGCCCUAUAUAAUAACAAUUAGAACUUGUAAUGACUACACCUCACUUUAGGCAUGAGAGUUUUAACGGCUGAAACAAACAACAGAACUAUGAGAAGCUCAAGUCAUUGGAAAUCAUUUUACAGUUUCGCUGAUAAAGUGAAAAGAUUUCCAGGUUUAACGAGAAGGACAAUUUGGAAAGUUGGCAAAGAUGAUCCAAGAAGGAUACUCCAUUCACUGAAAGUUGGUUUGACUUUAUCACUUGUAUCUUUGUUGUAUCUAAUGGAGCCAUUGUUCAAAGGGAUAGGAACAAAUGCUAUGUGGGCUGUCAUGACUGUAGUUGUGGUGAUGGAGUUCACUGUAGGGGGAACCUUAUGCAAAGGACUAAAUAGAGGAUUGGGAACUUUGUUAGCAGGAUCAUUGGCAUUUUUUAUUCGGUAUCUUGCGGAUAUACCUGGUCAGAUUUUUCGAGCAAUUCUUAUCGGUGCUGCAGUUUUUCUUUUAGGAGCAGUAGCUACGUAUGUGAGGUUCAUUCCUUAUAUAAAAAAGAAUUAUGAUUAUGGCGUUUUGAUAUUUCUGUUGACCUUUAAUUUGAUAAUUGUAUCAAGUUACCGCGUCGAUAAUGUCUGGACCAUUGGAAAAGAUCGCAUGACCACCAUAACUAUAGGUGUUGGUCUUUGUCUUGUGAUGAGCAUAUUGGUAUUUCCAAACUGGUCAGGGGAAGAACUCCAUAAAUCCACCAUAUCUAAGCUUGAAGGCUUAGCCAACUCUAUAGAAGUUUCUGUCAUGGAAUAUUUUUAUGAUUCUGAAAAACAAGCAAAUGAAGAUGAUUCAUGCGAGGAUCCUAUUUACAAGUGCUACGAGGCCGUUUUAGACUCUAAAGCUAAGGAUGAAACACUUGCAAUGCAAGCAAAUUGGGAGCCGAGAUACUCAAGAAUCUGCCACAGGAUCCCAUGGCAGCAAUACACAAAAGUAGGAGCUUCUCUUCGUCAUUUUAGUUAUACCGUUGUAGCACUACAUGGAUGUCUUCAGUCUGAAAUUCAGACACCAAGGUCAAUCCGUGAUCUAUACAAAGAUUCUUGCAUCAAACUUGCACAAGAAGUAUCAAAAGUACUAAGGAUAAUGGCCAACAGCAUAAGGAAAAAGCAUCAAUUUUCCGUUCAAAUACUCUCAAGCAAUCUCAAUGAAGCUUUACAAGACCUUGACAAUGCCUUGAAAUCCCAGCCCCAACUCUUACUAGGCUCGAGGAAUGGUGGAAGUCGAACACCCAGAUCCCCUAAAACUCCCAAAACCCCUAGAACUCCAAACUCUUACAAACAUGAAGAAGAAACUAGAACCUCAUUAUCAAGAGUUAAAAGUGAUUGUUGUUCCCCAACUGGAAGUAAAUCCAAAGAGCAUUCUCGAGAGCAAACAAAAGAAGGACAAGUACAUAUGAAGGUUUUGAGGCCGCAACUUAGUAAGAUUAUCAUCACUAGCCUCAAGUUCUCAGAAGCACUACCUUUUGCUGCUUUCACUUCAUUGCUAGUGGAGAUGGUAGCAAAACUAGAUCAUGUUAUGGAUAGAGUUGAAGAGUUGGGCAGAAUGUCACACUUUAGAGAAUUCGAAGAUGAUGAUGAUGAUGAGAGUAUCGUUGUGACCUGUGAGAGACCAAAAACGAAUAUAGUUGAUAAUGAAUUACCUUCAUAUGGAGCAGAAUAAUUGUUACUAAAUGUUUAUGAUCUCAUGAGUAAAGUUAUACAUGCAUGCAUUGAUUUAGUUGAAUGUUAAGGCACGGUUGUUCCUGAAGUUUGAUUUCUUUGAGAGCUGAAUCCUAAUUAUUAUUAUUCCUUGAUA